AUGUCAUCGCCAAUUGAAGACCCUAAGUGCUUUGUAAAGAGGGCAUUCACCCUGCUUAACGUAAGCGGGACGACCUUUUUGUUAGCGGACAUAGAGCGCUACGAAUUGCCAAUUCGUGGAGUGUUUCUAGUUAAUGCAACAGUUUCGCCAAAUUACCAGGUGAUCUUUGCAAUUGAAACCUACGCGAUAAUAAUAAAUUGCUGGUGGGUCUACAGCUUCGACACAGUCCUGUUAGGUCUUGUAAGGUGGAUAACAAUCGACCUGAAGAUACUCCAGCUGAAUUACCGGCAGUGUCAAUUUUUCUACGAGCCACGCGGUACCUUAAUGGUCACCCAAGAAGGAUUCAACGCUGUUAAAAACUACAGCUUCAAUGAAGAGCUGAAAAACGAGGACGAGAUCUACAACUUCGUUCCCUUUGAUGAGAAACAGGUUAAUGUCAAAGUGGAUUCCUUCUUAAAGAGAUUCACUAGUUGUCUUAGCCACCAGCAGCAGGUUCUUAAAAAUAUCAAAGAUGUCAACAAUCUGUUCAGCUUGGUACUUGCUAUCCAGACAAUCUCCAAUUGCACCCUCACUUGCAUGGGCCUAUUUGGAUUGGUUUCAAGCAUCAAGAAGCACAACAACCCGGCUAACGAUAUUGUUAUGCUUCAAAUUGGAUUUUUGAACCUUCUUUACUGGUGUUUCUUCGGUCACAUGCUGAUAAUCCAGCACGACUGCUUGAUAGACAGUAUCUACGAGUGCGGGUGGGAGGAAUAUGUCUACAACAAAGACUUUAUACAGGUAAUGAUAAUCACCAUUAUACACGGAAUGAGACCGAUGGUGAUAAAAGCUGGACAUUUCUUUGAUCUGUCAAUGAAUACCUAUCUGGCGAUUUUAUUGGAUAAUUUUUAUGGUCGUUUUGUUACAGGUUCUCAACAAAUCAUACUCCAUGAAAGACUCUCUAAAACUGUCUAUGCUUGCGGGUGGGAGAACUAUAAUGGCCGCAAAAUAAAGCCAGUUGUUGUAUUUGGGCUUUAUCAAACACUUACUCCCAUGGUAAUGAAAGCUGGGUACUUUUUUGUUUUUGGAAUGGAAACUUAUCUGUCGGUGAUCCAAAAAGCUUACUCUUACUUUGCAAUUCUCAAUACCAUGAUGACAGAUUAG